AUGGUCUUGGAUAAUAUAGAGAAUCAAAAACCAAUUAGAUCACCAAUCAAUGGUAAAAUUGAUGCUUCACCAAGAAGACAAAGAAUCAUUAGUGAAUCAACUGGUCUUGUUAAGUUUAAUUUAUCUCAAAAGGCUCAACAAAGAGAAGAAUCUAUUAAAAAUUUCCAAUCAUUAGAACAAAAAGCUGUUAAUAAUGAAAAUUUAUCUUCACCAACAACAAAUAAUCAUAAAAAUGGGUUGAAAUUAACUGGCUCUAUGAUAUCACCAAAAAGAUCUUCUUUAGAUCCACCUUUUUCACCAACAAAACCAGCAAGAUCUAAUAUUAGUCCUUCAAAAACUAAUAAUUUAGGUAUGAUUAAUGAAAAUAUAAUGCUUGAAUUAGCAACAAAACAAAGAGAAGUUUUAGAAUUAAAAUCAAAUAUGGAAUUAUUGAAAAAACAAUUAUCACAAUCUGAAAAAGAACUUUGGGAAAUUGAAAAAAAAUGUAAUAGAACAAAUGUUUCAACUUUACCACCUGCUUUAACUCCAUCAAGAAGAUCAUCACCAACAAGAUCUUUAAUUAAUACCCAUGAACCAUUAUCACAUCAACCACAACAACAACAACAACAGUUUAGACAACCAUCACCUGGUUUAAGAUCAAAACAAUCAUUAAGUGCAAUCAAGGCAAGUAUUGAAUCAAGUUUUGAAGCUACAGCAAAUCAACAAAGUCAAAAUUUUGCAUCAUUAAAGAAAAAAAUUUCAAUUCAACAAUUAACAAAUAAUAAAUCAAAUUUAAAUUUUAAAACAAUUCAAAAAGAUUUCCAAGAAAAUUGGUCAAAAUCAAUUAAUGCUUUUUCAAAUUUAACAAAUGAUUUUAUAAAAGAUAUUAAUCAAGUUAGUAAUUCAAAUAGUAGUUCAAAUCAUAGUUCAACUUCAUCAAAUUCAAAUAAAAAUAAUCAUAAUGAAAGUGAUGAAGAAGAUUAUGAAAGUGAUGUAAGUGAUUAUGGUUGUGCAGAUGCAAGUGAUUAUCAAAUUGCAGUUAAAUAA